AUAUCUGUCAACACAACCACCAACAACAAAUGUGCGCGCCGGUCGUUUGCUGCAAACAAAAUCGUUUCUCGUGGGUCCGAAAUUAAUUUAACACCAAACCAUGAGCACUACACCGGAGGACGCAGAUUCCGCAUCGUCCGAAGCAUGGAAGCUGGAACAUCCGGAAGAGGAACAACUGACCAAAAUUUUACUGCGCAAUGUAGGCGACCUGACGGUGGCCGGUUUGAGGCGACUCUGCAGCAGAUACGGAACGUUGGUCGAUGUGUUUAAAACAAACAAGCCCGGCAUUGCAUUCGUCGAAUUUUCCAGCGAAAAUGAAGCCGCUCUCGCCGUCAAGCAGCUUAACAUGAAGCUUGGCUUUAACUAUAAUGCGGAUUUUGCAACGCCGAGAGAAACGUUGCCGACGGUAGUGCCAGUGGGUCGGAACGAUCCGCCAGCGGCCAGCACCCCGAUGACCGACGAAGACUGGGAGCAGGCCAGCAUCAAGCGAAGGUUCAACGUGGGCUUUUCGUUGCCACUGUUGAUCAACUACCCCGUGCAGGAAUUGUUGGCCACGAGUGUUAACUAUCGUGCGGCGGACGGACGCUUGAGACGCAUCGAUCCGGAACUGUUUUUCCGAAUCUACAAAGUGGAGGACCUGUUCGAAACACCCAAAUCGAUGGAUUACGAUCCGGCGGAACUGCAGGAACGUGUGGAUGCGUUGCAAAAAACGUGUCCCAACGAACGAAACCAGCUCGAUGGCGAGCGCUUCACAUACCAAGGGCUGAGCGAGCAGGAACGUGCCCGUUUUGCCGUGUCGUACUGUGUGGUAUGUAAAGGGUAUGGAUUUAGUUACUGCAAGGGCUGCGGCACCUACUAUUGCUCGGUCCAGCAUCAGAAGCAACAUUACGCGGAACACAAACUUAUGUGCCCCGUAGCAGGCGCAUCCGCAGGCGAUACGUUGAACGAGAUCAAAGCCGAUUCGGAAGUGGAGGAGCAUGUUGUAAAAGAGACGGCUCCGGCCAACGUACUUACGCGGGAUCCUCUUCCGGGGACAAAGGUGAAAGUGUUUAUUACAGCCGUUGUAACGCCGGAUCGUAUUUUUGUACGGCUCGCAGAACCUGCCGCUAACGAGCAGUACCUGAAAACUGUUGGAGAGUUUGCUCUUGCUGGGUUAAAUGCUGUGCCGGUUGUCCACAGCAAAUUGCCGGCAACGGGAGACAUUUACCUUGCACUGUACGAACCACUGAAUGUGUACGGACGUGUGCUGGUAACGGAAGUCGGUCCGGAAAGGUGCAAGUGUGUUUUCAUCGACCAUGGCACGGUCACGUUCGUUGCCAAUGACGCUCUGCUGCUGCUUGACGAUAUCCGGCUCAUGUACCGGAAGGUGCAAGUGUACAAGGUGUGCCUAACGGACAUUACGGACGAGCAGGGCGAACGGGAAAAGGCGAUACAAUACCUGAUGAAGCUGAAGGAUCGUCCAUUGCAGAUGAGCUAUCGACUGCACGUUAAUAACAUCGUCGAUGUGCAGCUGCAAACACCGGAAGGCACAAGUGUGAACGAAAAGAUCAAUCGGUUGAUUAAAAUCGUUCCGAUACGAACCGAAUCAAGCCCCGGGCGGAACGUACGAAAUGACGCCUUCGUUAUGUAUAAGGACCUAUCGCAAGCAGAACCGACGGUCGGUAAGAACAGGUGCAUUAUGAUCCUGAACCGUACCACCAUUCUGCUCGACAGCCGUAUCACCUGGAUAGCGAUAGAAGAUCUGCCCUACCUCAAAAAUCUACAAGCCAUGCUCGAAUGCUACGGUAAGAAGGUGGCCGCCUUUAAGGAAUCGUACCUACCACGCGAAGGCGAAAUGUGUCUGGUGCAGUGCCUUAACCGUUGGUAUCGUGGCGUUUGCUACGAGACGGCCGGCGACGCUAAACCGGCCAUCUUUCUGUGCGAUUACGGUUCCAUGACGCUGGUCGAUCUGUCCAACGUGCGCAAACUUCCGACCCAGCUCGCAACGAAAGCGGUCCGCACGCACGACGGUAUCGUGGAACAUUUGAGCGAAGCGAAGGCGACCGGACUGGUGCUGGAUUCGAUGUUUCUCGAUAUCUAUCUGCCGGAAAACGAACCGGUGCAGGUCGACAUUUGUCAACGGACGGUACUGAAAGGUUUGCCCGGUGUAGAGGAGAAGGAAACGCAAACUGUGCUAAGUUUGCAUGAGCUGGGCAAUUUUUUAAAAUCGCGCCAGAUGAACGUUUGACAGGGUGCGUGCUACAUUCCAACGUGCGACCACGUUCCAUUUUGAAACCGAUUGCCAAGCAAACGAUUGUGUGUGUAUAGGGUAACUGUUACAUUAAGACGACGAAAAAUAAGGAAGUGAAGAGAUGACGAAUUUAUUCUACAAAAGCAUCGUAAAAUAAAUAAGAAAAAAAAUUAAACGCAAAACACUUCUCAGAUUACACACAA